UGAAAUAUUUAUUGGCCAUAGAAGAUUAAUUACGUCCGAUAACACAUAGAAUUUUCACAUUUGUGAUUUAGAAGUUUGAUCGCCGCAAAUUUUCAUCUGCUUAGUGAUUACAUCGAGAAAAACCUCCUAUUAAACAUAAUUAAACAAUUAUGACGUAAACCAUAAAACUAAUGUAGCAAUUAAAUCGCAAUGACUCGUAAAAUAACCGGGAAAUGACAAACUGAAUUCAAAAGCAAUUAUUUCUCUUCGGUGAUUACAUUGAGAACAUGAUUUUGGAACUGGUUUUUCUCGCUUCUGUUAAAUUCAGUUGUGCAUUCGAAGGAUUCGUUGUACGCGGCGAUAAAGCUCAAAUAGAAUACUUUGCACAUUCAGUGUUUCUCUCUAUACGAGAUUUUGGAGGGGCGUAUGUAUGUGGUUCAUCAAUUUUGAAUCAGAAAAUUCUGCUAACGGCAGCUCAUUGUUUUGAAUCAUGCAGCGCUAGUAAUGUUAACGCUUUUGUUGGCAAUGCACAUAAAUCUAGAGGACUUAAAUAUCGUGUAUCUAGUUUUAAAAUACAUGAAAAUUAUGAUGAAGAUGAAAUAAGGAAUGAUAUAGGACUGGCUGUGCUAGAGAGGCCUUUAGCGUUGGGAGAUAAUGUCAAAAGAGUGGCAAUUCUUAAAUCACCUCCGAAUAAGAAAUUGGCUAUUGUUGCGGGUUGGGGACUCAUUGAUGAAGAAGAUGGAGUGAGAAGUAGCUGGCUGCAUUCAUCAAACCAAAAGGUGUGGACAUUGUCUGAAUGUAGGAGAGUUUUGCGUGCAAUCCCAACGGGUACCUUGUGUGCUGGUGAUACAACAGAAACAAGUUAUGCUUCUGAAGGUGAUUCCGGAAGCGCCUUAAUCAUAAAUGAUUACAUUCAAGUGGGGCUGGUUUCCUUCAAGAGACCAGACACAACCAGAGGUCUAGUUGUAUAUUCAAAUGUAUCUUAUUUUUAUAACUGGAUCAAACGUACGUCUAAAUAUUUAUAUUGUAGUAGCAAUGCUAAAUAAAUAAAUAUUAUAUCUGAGUAUUUUAC